UGACAACGCUUUUCUCCAGGAUAAUUCUAUUUAAUAAAAUGACAAAGUUUUUCUCCAAGAGAACUCGUACACAGAUAUUGAUGUAGUGCAGUAGACUGUGACGUCAUAGCUAAUGGAACUCUAAGUAGCUCGAAUGACAUGCCGACCACAUUCACGGUAGAAUUGGUAGCGCGGGAAUUUCGUUUUGUAAUAGUUAAGGGGCAUGUGUGUAAAACGCAAUGAAGACCUCAUAUAUAGUGAAUGACCUGACAACCCUUGGUAUGGACUUGCCAAAGGGUAUAUAAACAAUCUCUACCCAGAGUUGUCGUUCCUUGCUUUCAUUUACGUCUCAAAAUAAGCAAUGUUAUUCCACAUGUAAAUCCACUUUUUUUACGGCUAAUAAAACUAAGAACUAUUUUAUAAAAUAUCUGGAAAAUGUAGGACAAGCAACUAUUUGUAUAUUUUUUUCCAUUACUAUAUAUUCUUCAUGUACCUAUCUAUAGGCCUGGUGCAAUAGAACUAGAUCUACCCAAUAUCUAUGGAGCGCCAAAUUAACAUAAACUCAAAUAAUUGAAGAUGUCUUCAAUUAUUUGAAGAUAUCAUCAAUUCAUUUGAUGCGCACAACAAUUGAAUUAAAGAUCUCUUCAAAUAAAUAAUGAUAUCUUCAAUUCUGAAUUAUUGCGCGCAAUAAUUGAAUUGAUGAGAGCAUUAAUUCUUCAGCUGAUUUGAUGCGCGCUUUAAUUGAAUUAAUGAUCUCUUCAAAUGAAUUGAUGAUAUCAACAAUUAAUUGAUGCGCGCUACAAUUCAAUUGAAGAGAGCAAUAAUUGAUAUAAUGCGCGCAUUAAAUCAAUUGAUGAGAGCAAUAAUUGAAUUGAUGCGCGCAUUAAUUCAUUUGAUGAGAGCAAUAAUUGAUUUAAUGCGCGCAUUAAUUCAAUUAUUGCUCUCUUCAAUUGAAUUAAUGAUAUCUUUAAUUCAUUGAAGAGAGCAAUAAUUCUUUGAGAGAGCAACUAUACAAUUAAAGAUAUCUUCAAUUCAACAUAUCCACAAUUGAAUUAAUGAUAUCUUUAAUUGAAUUGUUGCUCUCUUUAAAAGAAUCAAUGCGCGCAUUAAUUCCUUAUACAAAAGCAUUGUAAAUGAUUUAAAGAUAUCUUCAAUUGAAUUAAAGAGAUCAUCAAAUUAUUUAUACCGAGCUCUAAAUCAAUUAUUGCGAGCAAUAUUUCUACUAAAUUGAUACCCUCAUCAAAUGAAUUGAAGAGAGCAACAAUUGAAUUAAUGCGCGCAUCAAAUCUAUUAUUGCUCUCAUUAAUUGAAUUGAUGCGCGCAUUAACUCAAUUGAUGAGAGCAAUAAUUGAAUUAAAGCGCUCAUUAAUUCAUUUGAUGAGAGCAAUAAUUGAUUUAAUGCGCGCAUUAAUUCAAUUAAAGAGAGCAAUAAUUGAAUUGAUGAAAUCUUCAAAUAAUUGAAGAUAUCUUCAAUUAUUUGAGUUUAUGUUAAUUUGGCACUCCAUACACAUAAACAAUUAAAAUGUAUUUUUGUUUUCAUUUAUGUUAGGGGAUAUGACGGUCGCAAGCAUUGUAGGAAAUGUGUCAUUUAAUUUUGCUACAUUACGAAUAACCUAGCUACCACACACACACAUCAGAUAGAUAGAUAGCCUAUAUAUAAAUAUAAAUAUUAAAAGAUAAAAAUGCAUCCGAAAAUAAAGAAAAAAUGAGACAAGGAUUAUUUAAAAACAGUAACCGCAUUAGUUUCUACUCAUGCACUAGAUACAAUAGGCCGAUACGUAGACGUAUCUCUAUGUCAGUCUCAAUAUUAAAAAAACUAUUUCAACUAAACCCAAACCGUUGUGAUAGUUCGUAUUUUGUGUCAAAUUAUUUCAGUAGAUUAAAAGAAAGUUAUAAGAAUUAAUGUAGGCCUUUGAAAAAAAAAAAGAUAACAAUUUCUUUAAAAGUUAAUUGUAGCCUAGUACUUGAAACACUUCGUUUUUGUUCAUAAAUAUAUAGGCUUAAACACAUGAUAAAAUUUAGCCUAUAUAAUUCAUAGAUAUAUUAAAGACGAUGAAAACAGAUAUGACACUGCAAUGAAACGGAUAGUGUAGUUUGAACUACAUGUAUAGUUUCCCACCAUACAAAAUGUUAUAUACGUAAACAAACGACAUUCUAAUUUAAUGGUUUUGUUUCACGUUUCCAGAGAUCUAAAAUUAGCUUUAUAAUAACUUAGUAAAUUUUUAAACUACAAAUUAUGAUUAUUUCUAGGUCGGAGGAAUACUUGAGGAAACCCCAAUCUGAGAAGCUAAUAUCAUUUAACUUCAUUUAAAACGAGAAGAAUAUGUUAUUUCUUCUCCUGUCUUUUAAGUUUACUUAUAGACCUAUAUAUGAAAUUCAUUCCGAUCAGGGCAUGAAAAAUACUGUACCCCGAUCAAGAUAUUUCCCCGCGAUCGGAAUAUUUGAAUUUAUGGAUCAUAGAUAUAGAAUAUUUAUCUAUCCAUCCAUCUAUUUAUAACAUUUGUCAACCAAUCCCAUUGUUUGAUAUUGAACAAUGAAAUUUAAUGUUCUAAGAAAUGUAAUAUUUAUAUCCUACCAUUGUCAGAAUAUUUAAAAAGUUCAAUGUAUAAAAUAAUACGCUUGUGUGAUUAGACUUCGGUUUUUAACAUGUUUGUAGAUAAACAAGCGUUGUAUAUUAUGUACAGAUGUCAUGAGACAAUGCGACUGUUUGUGUUUCUUUCCUGUUGCUUAGUUUAGGAAAAUUGUCGUCAUGAACUCCGUCACCGCCUGAAGCAAGCAAUGCUUCCGUGAUAGCAUGACCUUUCUUGACUUUCGACAUACUUUUUAACUAGUAUGGCUAAACAAUCAGGCUAUAAAAUGUUCGUCAAAAGUAUUGGUUUUGCAUAAUUCUUAAAACGUCGUUUGAAAUAGCAUAAAUAAAUCAUAUAAAUCUUUAGAAUUUCUUUCAUUAUUUCUUCUUCUUUUUUUGCAAUUUCUAUUAAAGAUUUUUUUUUUCUAUACAAAAAUUAUUCAUUUUUUUUCAAAGCGGUUUCCGUACAUUGACUGGAAGCUUUUGAUUGGUUCUUAUUGAACAAAUCAAAACUCCGUAUACUGUAUAGCAGCGCCAUCUGCAGUUUUAAUGUUGACGAGGGUAAGGGGAACGCUACAUCCAACUUUUCGUGGGACAGGGGCGACAGAAACCAUGUAUAUCAAGACUAGACGAAAACCAGAAGGACCAGGCUCUUUACUACGACAGCGAUAAAUUAAUCAUAUAUAGUUUCAUUUUUUCAUUAAGGUUUCAUUUCUCUCUUCUAAACUGCCGAGGAAAAUUCGAAAAUGGGGGUCAAGCGAAAAUCAGACGAAAUGGAAUUGGAGAUGGAGGGGAGUCAAAGGCAAUCAGUUCUUAAUAUAUCUAUGUGCAAGCUUCAAAGCCCAUCAGCAAAAAAGGUUGAACCAUCACUUCUUAAAUCAGUACUUAUUUUAAACACUUUAAAACAUAUUGAAACAGAACUUAGGAAAGAAGGCAUAAGCAGCGAGUUGCCCCCCUCCGCCAGUCUCUCAUUUCACAGCGAUGCUGAAAACUUCACCAUGGAUGUACUCCCUCUGGAUUCCUUAGAUGGCUCCAGUGAUUACAUAGAACAAGACAUGUCCGACCUUCACAUCAACAUUAACCUUCCACAGGGAAUGGACGGUGUAGAUGACCAAAGCAUUUCAAAAGCACCUCUUCCUCCAUUUGAAACAUUCGUUGAACUUUCAAAUUCAAGCAAUCACAAUGCCAACAAUUCACCAAAGAACAAGGUCACAGGCCAAAAAUUUGACAUCUGGAGCUCCACCCUUCCGACAAACUUACCUUUCAAGGUAGAAGAUGUUCUAGGUGACACUGACUUGUCUCAGUGUGACUUCGAUAUUUUCACAUCACUCUCAUCAACAAUCAAGUUGACACCUUUAAGUGCCGAGGAAGUCCUACAUUCGUUUCCCUCCAAUUCCCUGUCAGAUUCUUACCAAUCUUUUCUGUCAACCUCCUGUAAAAGCGACAUUCUCCCAGAGGAAAUUGACAAUAUUAUGCAGAUUUUGGUAGGAACAUAGAUCAACCCUAGCUGCCUGAAAACCCGUUAGACUGAAUACUAUUCAGAUGAACGUAGCAUUUUUAAUUUUGAACCAUGGCAGCAUGAUUGUUUUAUUUUUGAAGUUUUAAUACGAUGAGAGAAUGGUUAUUUAUUGACUGUAUGUUGCUAUAUAUAUAUAUCAGUAAUCAAAAUGACUGUACUUCAGAGUACGCCUUGUGAUUUGGAGCAAAUCACUCCAGGAUUGUGCAAUUUCAUUGUCAAUAUUAUUGCAAUGCUUGCCAGCAAAGGAUGUAAAUAUCCCAUUAUUAAUUUAUUGACAUUAUUUCAUAUGCAUUGACAAUAUGUAUUGUAAAUAUAUUUAUUGAUAUGUCCAAGGAGAUCUACAUCAUGAUACUGAUUGUGAAGUUAUUUGUUUUUUUACCUAAAAUGUUGAGUAAUGUGAAUGUAUUUUAUAUGUUUUUAUUACAUGAUGCAUAGAUUCUAUUUAUCACUAGAUAGAUAUAUGAUGUAAAUGAAUUGUGAUGCCGAAGUCAAUUUGCAAUAUUCACACACUGUGAUACUAUCUGACUGCUGGCCGAGUAAGAAAUGUUGUAUUGAAAUUGAUCAAAACAGAAUGAACAAAUUUGCUAAGUACAGUGUACUAUGAACAAUUGACAUGUCAUAUUUCUGUCAAAAAGUAUCUGAAGAGACAUGAAGUUUAUACAGAGUUCAGCCUACAGUGUUUAAAGUUUGAACCAUGUAUAAUUAAGUUGAUAUUUAGAUAAUUUGUUUCAAGACAAGGAAAUAGAUACAGAGCUUUAGUUGAAAAUGACAGAACAAGAUGUAAAACCAUCACAGAUUACAUAUGUGAUUGUAAGUGAUGACCUUGUAAAGAAAAAUAUAGUAUGAUUUUUUUUCAGUGACUAGACAUUGGGUAAAAUUCAUAUCUCCAAGAUCUAAUCCCAGUGAAAGCCAUUUUUCGCUCCAUUGUAUAUAUUGCAUCAUCUUUAUUUUCAUUUGUCACUUGUAAAAAAGAAACAUUUCUGUCAUCAUCUAUCACUGAUGUGAGCGCUGUGUAUUUAGCAGUAUAUUACAUACUGUAGUAUUUAUAGAUUUCAUAACUAGUUGUUGAAAAUGUUGUGAAGCCAGGGGAAAUAAUCUCUAUUUUUAUGAUCCAUUGAUAAUGAAAUUUUAACAGUGUAGUACAUGUACUUUAACAGAGAUUGAUUUUAUUUAUUUUAAAUUAUUCAACAAAUUGAAAAUGGUUUAUAUUUUACCUAUAGAUGAAAAUUUUGAGGAAUGUUGCUGUUAAGAUUAUUUCCACAUAUAUCUGUUAAAAAUCUGUAACAUCUAUCUGACAUUCUGUCCCCCAGUUUUUCUCUCCUUCUCUCUCUUUUCUGUUUCUAUAGAUCAAUUUGCUACCUUUGAUCUGGUUUUGUUUAGUGCUUGUUCACCUUUCAGCCUAUUUUGUUCAACAUCCCUAGCAUUUUCAAAUUUAAGAACUUGCAUAAAUACUCUGUUAAAUUUUAGGAAGGUUAGGGGCAAGAAGCUGAAAUAAAAAACAGAUGAAUGUUGCUGUUGACAUGACUGUUUUCAUUAUUCACAUUGUUUUAUAUUGCAUUUUUUAUUUCUUGCACUUGCUAUGAAGGAUACGCAAUCAUUGUUUUUCGUUAUCAUGGGGUACAUGAUUUCUUGUAUAUAGUACCAUUAAAUAGUUAUUUCUACAGCAUUGAAACAGGGUCGUAAGUGCAUGUAUAUGUCAGAACAUCUGUCAAUCAUCAAAGUUUACCAGUGUUAGCAAUAUCUGUUUCACCACUUUAUCUCUAUGCACAGACUGACUGUUCUCACAUGAUAAUGUUGUAGUAAUUCAUCAUCAUACCAUAAGUUGUAUUUCAUUAAAUUUUAUAUAGAAAUA